GCCGGGCUUCUCUUCAUAAUUCUUACUCUCACUUUCAGUUCGCUUUGGUUCGUGAUCGCAAUUCGAUCGAAGGCGGUGGAGCGCAUUCGUACGUUGAUUUCUCGGUUCGCGGUUUCUUUAUCACUGCAACGUGUGAAGCGCCUUGCUAUCAGUAGGCAAUCACUCUUCCUUCCUAACGCCUUUAUAUUGAUUUAUUGAAAUUAUUCACACCGAUUGUGAAGCUGUGGAACUGUAACGCCUCGACCUCGGCUAAAAUGAUAUUUUGGCCUACGAUCAAAAGGAUACAAAUUGUGUGCUCAUCUUGCGCUCCUCAUUGAUCACGGUCACGCCUUUGAUGAUUUGCGGUGAUUGAUUGCAAAUGCGCUACCGCUCGCUGGAGUAGUGUGAAGUGAUGUGCCUGUGGAAGUGUUGGUCCAAGAUUCAGCUGCAUAAAUAUUUGAAAUCAAUUGCUGGUCCUUUGCCGCUCCCGACAAAGCAUAAAUAUACAGAGCAUGAUGAGUGAUCCACCGCUGACCCACCACCACCCGUUGCUGGUGGCCGAUCAACCGUUCGAACCAGUGGAGGAUGGUGUGUUCUGCUCCGACGAAAUAUCGAUCGUGGCCGCCUCGAGCGCCACCUUUAUCGCAGUGCUGGGAACAAUCGGAAAUGUGACGACGCUGUUGGCGCUCGGGCGCCGCCAACCGGGAAACCGUAACCGACGGCGCCAGCCAACGACGGAUUUUGUUCUUUCGUUGGCCACUGCCGAUCUACUCUUCUGCCUGGCCGUCAUGCCGCUCAUGGCACUGCGAUACGGUCGUCGCCGGUGGCCCUUUUCGAAUGAUAGUCUCUGGUGUCGAUUGUUUCCGGUUGCACUCUACGGGACGGUGGCCACAUCCGUGCUCAGUCUCGUGGCCCUCACCGUGAACCGCUACGUGUUGAUCGUGCAUCCUAGUUGGUAUAGUGCCGUUUACAGGAAGCCAGGCAUGGUUCCACUGCAAUUGGCAAUAUGUUGGGCCAUACCGUACGGCUUGAUGGCACUACCUUUGUUCGAAUUCUGGGGCCGUCUCGGAUUUGACUAUCGCACGUUCUCCUGCACCGUACUGCCAUCCGUUUCCGUAUCGAACUUCGGCACGAGCCAAUUCGCGGCCAGUCCAAAGAAGUUCAUAUUUAUCGUUGGCUUCGCAUUGCCUUUCUGUGCGAUCGUGCUCUGCUAUACGGCCAUCAUCGGGGCUGUGCGAAGGCAACGGCAAAAUAUGCAGCGACACGCGUCCAAAUCCACAGCUUCGCUUCCGCCCAACAGCAGUAUGGCCGCCAGUAACAACGAUGAUGACGAGCGGCAUCUAACGCGAACAACGGCUGCAAUUUUCGGAUGUUUCAUGAUAUGUUUCCUGCCGCUUACGAUUGCCAAUUUGCUGCUGGAAGACAAGCAUUCCGGUGGAGCGGGAGGAGAUCUUCAAGUGUUGGCUUCGAUCCUCACGUGGCACUCGGCCGUACUCAAUCCCUUCAUCUACGCGAUCGGCAGCCGGCACUAUCGAAAUGCGUAUUGGUCGGUGCUGCGCUGUCGGAACGGAAACUCCAAAGGACGGGUAACUUUACGAAGCCACCGUAAUACAGUGAUGUCGCCGAGUGUUGUAAAAGCUACCAAAUUUCGCGCCACAACUGCCGAGGCGAAUGGUAGUGGUACGCAAACUAAUUCCGAGGUUUAGGGUAAGAUAAUUGUGCGACUAGAAAAGAUGAGCAGUGCCAUUUCACUAGAAACAUAAACUCCCAAAAAUGGGUCUCAAACGUUAACAAAUGCUGCUGGCCAAAAUCUUAAGUAGAUAACGAGGACAUAGUGUGUAUUUUAACCCAUUCCCGACAAAAUAAAUCAUUGAUGAAAAUCAUUGUAAAAGGCCGCUCGGUUUUUCCAAGUUCGAGUGGUUCUAGACGAA